ACCGCCCCAGGCUUCUGCAGGGCUUUAGGUCCUCUUUCCAGGAACUGGGCUCAGCCCCUUUCCUUUUGGAGGUGCCACUGAGCAGCUGCGGAGCAGAGCCCCAGCGCGCCGCGAGCCCAGGGUAGCGGUGGCGUUUCCAGCCCGCCUGAGCAGCAGAGCCAGAGCUGCCGGUCCUGCGCCCUCUCAUUCCCUGGGCUUCUGUCUCACAAUGAGAAAAUCCGUUUGGGGAGCCAAGCAAAAAUCACACCUAGCUUACAGCUGCUCUGGGUCUGGGUUGGGGGUGGAGAAGGGGAGGAGGCAGAGGAGGGAAGCUGGAAUUCCUACUUUUGCCAUAAAUUGUAUGCAAAUGGGUUCCUUUCCUGGCAGGGAGCAGGGAGUGAGUGAGUCUUUCAUGAGCUAACCCUGUUCCGCUGGGAGGGCUGUUCCUUUAAUUCACCAACUGAAAAAGUAGGAAAGGAUGUCUGGAGGCGAGGCGUCCCAUUACAGAGGCAGGAGCUGCUAUAUAAGCCAGCCAAAGCUGGCUGCGCUGGCCACAGCCUGCCUACUGUCACUGCUCUCCCGCGAGCGCAGACUCACGCCGGCCUCUCUUCGCACAAAGACUGUGUGGCUGCGGGUGACGCUGGGGGCAGCGCACGUGGGAGCCCCGCUGCUCACAGCCAGGCACUGACUCCAUGGAGCUGGUUCAUUCAAGGAUCUAGGUCCUUCCCAACUCCGGAGAGAAGAGAAUUCCUUUGAGAAGAUCAGGAACCCACUCAUCUGGAUUCUCCUCUGUGCUUCCACAUCCGCACUUCUGCCUGAGACUGAGACACCCUAGGAGCGAAAGCACAAAAACCCCCUAGCCAAAUCCACCUCCACCAUGGGGGCCAUGACCCGGCUGUUGGCGGGCAUCUUCCUAGCCUUGUUCACCCUCACAACUGAAGGUGGGGUCCUCAAGAAAGUCAUCCGGCACAAGCGACAAAGCGGGGUCAAUGUCACUCUGCCAGAGGAACAGCAGCCGGUAGUGUUUAACCACGUCUACAACAUCAAGCUGCCUGUCGGUUCCCAGUGCUCAGUGGAUCUGGAAUCAGCCAGUGGAGAGAAGGACCUGGCCCCACCAUCAGAGCCCACUGAGAGCUUCCAGGAGCACACGGUCGACGGGGAAAACCAGAUCGUCUUCACACACCGCAUCAACAUCCCCCGCCGAGCCUGCGGUUGCGCGGCGGCUCCCGACGUCAAGGAGCUUCUGAAUAGACUGGAGGAGCUGGAGACCCUGGUGUCUUCCCUGCGGGAGCAGUGCACCAUGGGAGCCGGCUGCUGUCUCCAGCCUGCUGAAGGCCGCCUGGACACGAGACCCUUCUGCAGCGGCCGAGGAAACUUCAGCGCGGAAGGCUGCGGCUGUGUGUGCGAGCCUGGAUGGAAGGGCCCCAACUGCUCGGAGCCCGAAUGUCCUGGCAACUGUCACCUGCGCGGCCAGUGCGUGGAUGGACAGUGCGUGUGCGACGAGGGCUUCACGGGGGAGGACUGCAGCCAGCCGGCCUGCCCCGGCGACUGCAACGACCAGGGCAAGUGCGUGGGCGGGGUCUGCGUGUGUUUCGAAGGCUACGCGGGGGCCGACUGCAGCCGGGAGCUGUGCCCGGUGGCGUGCAGCGAGGAGCACGGCCGCUGCGUGGACGGCCGCUGCGUGUGCCAGGACGGCUUCGCGGGCGACGACUGCAACGAGCCCCUCUGCCUCAACAACUGCCACGGCCGCGGGCGGUGCGUGGAGAACGAGUGCGUGUGCGACGAGGGCUUCACCGGGGAGGACUGCAGCGAGCUCAUCUGCCCCAACGACUGCUUCGACCGUGGCCGCUGCGUCAACGGCACCUGCUACUGCGAGCAGGGCUUCACGGGCGAGGACUGCGGCCAGCUCAGCUGCCCGAAUGCCUGCACCGGCCACGGCCGCUGCGAGCAGGGCCAGUGUGUGUGCGACCCGGGCUUCGCCGGGCCUGACUGCAGCGAGAAGAGGUGUCCCGCCGACUGCAACCAGCACGGCCGCUGCGUGGACGGCCAGUGUGAGUGUGACGCCGGCUUCACGGGAGCGGACUGCGGUGAGCUCCAGUGUCCCAAUGGCUGCAGCGGUCACGGCCGCUGCGUCAACGGGCAGUGCGUGUGCGACGAGGGCCACACCGGGGAGGACUGCGGCCAGCUGCGGUGCCCCAACGACUGUCACAGCCGGGGCCGCUGCGUCCGGGGCAAGUGCGUGUGCGAGCCGGGCUUCCAGGGCUACGACUGCAGCGACAUGAGCUGCCCCAACGACUGCCACCAGCACGGCCGCUGCGUGAACGGCAUGUGUGUCUGCGACGACGGCUACACCGGGGAAGACUGCCGGGACCUGCGCUGCCCCCGGGACUGUAGCAGCCGCGGCCGCUGCGUGGACGGGCGCUGCGAGUGUGAGCACGGCUUCACCGGCCCCGACUGCGCAGAGCUCGCGUGCCCCGACGACUGCCACGGCCAAGGCCGCUGUGUGAACGGGCAGUGCGUGUGCCACGAGGGUUUCAUGGGCGCCACGUGCCAGGAGCGGAGGUGUCCCGGCGACUGCCACGGCCGCGGCCGCUGCGAGGACGGGCAGUGCAUCUGCCAGGAGGGCUUCGCGGGCCCCGACUGCGGGCGGCGCUCCUGCCCCAAUGACUGCAGCGGCUGGGGCCAGUGCGUGGAGGGCCGCUGCAUCUGCAGCGAGGGCUACUCCGGGGACGACUGCUCCGAGGUGUCCCCUCCUAAAGACCUCAUCGUGACAGAAGUGACUGAAGAGACUGUAAACCUGGCCUGGGACAACGAGAUGCGGGUCACGGAGUACCUGGUCAUGUACACGCCCACCCACGAGGACGGCCUGGAAAUGCAGUUCCGCGUGCCCGGGGACCAGACAUCCACCACUAUCCGGGAGCUGGAGCCAGGCGUGGAGUACUUUAUCCGCGUCUUCGCCAUCCUGGAAAACAAAAAGAGCAUUCCCGUCAGCGCCAGGGUGGCCACGUACCUGCCUGCCCCUGAAGGCCUAAAGUUCAAGUCCAUCAAAGAGACAUCUGUGGAAGUGGAGUGGGAUCCUCUGGACAUUGCUUUUGAAACGUGGGAGAUCAUCUUUCGGAAUAUGAAUAAGGAAGAUGAGGGAGAGAUCACCAAAAGCCUGAGGAGGCCAGAGACCACAUACCGGCAGACAGGCCUAGCUCCGGGACAAGAAUAUGAGAUCUCUCUGCACAUCGUGAAAAACAAUACGCGGGGCCCAGGCCUGAAGAGGGUGACCACCACCCGCUUGGAUGCCCCCAGCCAGAUCGAGGUGAAAGAUGUGACAGACACCACAGCCCUGAUCACUUGGUUCAAGCCUCUGGCCGAGAUCGAUGGCAUUGAGCUCUCCUACGGGAUCAAAGAUGUGCCUGGUGACCGCACCACCAUUGAUCUCACCCAGGAUGAGAACCAGUACUCCAUCGGUAACCUGAAGCCGGACACCGAGUAUGAGGUGUCCCUCAUCUCCCGCAGAGGUGACAUGUCCAGCAACCCGGCCAAGGAGACCUUCACAACAGGCCUGGAUGCUCCUAGGAAUCUCCGUCGCGUCUCCCAGACGGACAACAGCAUCACCCUGGAAUGGAAGAACGGCAAGGCGGCCCCUGACAGUUACAGAAUUAAGUAUGCACCCAUCUCGGGAGGUGACCAUGCCGAGGUCGAAGUCCCACGGAGCCAGCAAGCCACCACCAAAGCCACGCUCAUAGGUUUGAGGCCGGGAACUGAAUAUGGGAUCGGAGUGUCUGCUGUGAAGGCUGACAAGGAGAGCGACCCAGCCACCAUCAAUGCGGCCACAGACAUGGAUGCACCCAGGGACCUGCGCGUUUCUGAAACCACAGAGACCAACCUGACCCUGCUCUGGAGGAGGCCUUUAGCCAAAUUUGACCAUUACCGCCUCAACUAUAGCCUGCCCUCUGGCCAGCCGGUGGACGUGAAGCUUCCUAGAGAUACCACGUCCUAUGUCCUGAGAGGCCUGGAACCCGGGAAGGAAUACAGCAUCCUCCUCAUCGCCGAGAAGGGCAGACAGAAGAGCAAACCCGCACGAGUAAAGGCAUCCACAGGCCAUGCCCCUGAACUGGAAAACCUCACCGUGACCGAGGUUGGCUGGGAUGGCCUCCAACUCAACUGGACCGCAACUGACCAGGCCUAUGAGCACUUUGUCAUUCAGGUGCAGGAGGCCAACGGGGUGGAAGCAGCUCAGAACCUCACGGUACCCGGCAGCCUGCGGGCUGUGGACCUCCCAGGCCUCAAGGCCGCCACCCCGUAUAAAGUCACCAUCUACGGGGUGAUCGGGGGCUAUAGGACACCGGUGCUCUCUGCUGAGGCCUCCACAGGGGCAACUCCCGGUCUGGGAGAGGUCGCUGUGUCCGAGGUACGCUGGGAUGCCCUCAGGCUCAACUGGACUGCUCCGGAAGGAGCCUAUGAACAGUUUUUCAUUCAGGUGCAGGAGACUGAUGCGGUCGAGGCGGCCCAGAACCUCACAGUCCCGGGAGGACUGAGGUCCGUGGACCUGCCUGGGCUCAAAGCAGCCACUCACUAUAGCGUCACCAUCCGUGGGGUCACGCGGGACUUCAGCACGACUCCUCUCUCUGUUGAAGUCUUGACAGAGGAGCUCCCCCAGCUUGGGGACUUAGCCGUGACCGAGGUUGGCUGGGAUGGCCUCCAACUCAACUGGACCACAACUGACCAAGCCUAUGAGCACUUUGUCAUUCAGGUGCAGGAGGCCAACGGGGUGGAGGCAGCUCAGAACCUCACGGUGCCCGGCAGCCUGCGGGCUGUGGACGUCCCAGGCCUCAAGGCCGCCACCCCUUAUAGAGUCACCAUCUACGGGGUGAUCGGGGGCUAUAGGACACCGGUGCUCUCUGCUGAGGCCUCCACAGCCGCAGGACCUGAAAUUGGAAACCUAACUGUUUCUGACAUAACUCCUGAGAGCUUCAAUCUCUCCUGGACAGCCACCGUCGGGGCCUUCGAGACCUUUACCAUUGAAAUUGUUGAUUCCAAUAGGUUCUUGGAGACGAUGAAAUACAAUAUCUCUGGUGCUGAACGAACUGCCCACAUCUCAGGGCUACCCCCUAAUAAUCACUUUGUUAUCUACCUCUCGGGACUCGCUCCCAGUGCCCGGACUCAGAUCGUCACCUCGGCCACCACAGUAGCCGAACCUCUCCUUAGCCACCUCACUAUCUCAAAUGUGACCUGGGCCAGUGUGUCUCUGUCGUGGAAAGCCCAGGAGGCUACCUUUGAUAGCUUUCUUAUAGAAAUUAGGAAUUCUGACCCCCGCCAGGAAACAGUGGUACACUCUCUGCCCGCAGCAUCUCGCAGCUCUGUCAUCGCCAACCUCAAUGCUUCUUCUAAUUACACUGCCCACCUUCAUGGGCUGAUUGGCGGGCACCGUGUUCAGACUCUGACGGCCCAGGCAACCACAGAGCCAGAGCCACAGUUGGGCACGCUAAUCCUUAGCAAUAUUACUCCUGACAGCUUCAACGUGUCCUGGACCGCUCGAGCCGGGCCUUUUGCAAAGAUUGUUGUCAAUGUUAGCGAUUCUCACUCGCUGUAUGAGCCCCAGCAGCUGACAGUCUCAGGAGACACACAGCACGCUCACGUCACGGGCUUGGUGGAGAACACCGGCUAUGUCGUUAGUGUGGCGGGGACCACCUGGGCCGGGGACCCCACCAAGCCCCUCACGGCCUUUGUCACGACAGAGGCCCUGCCCCUUCUGGAAAACCUAACCAUUUCCGACAUUAAUCCCUACGGGUUCACAGUUUCCUGGAUGGCAUCGGAGAAUGCCUUUGACAGCUUCCUAGUAACGGUGGUGGAUUCUGGGAAGCUGCUGGACCCCCAGGAAUUCACACUUUCAGGAAACCAGAGGAAGCUGGAGCUUAGAGGCCUCAUAACUGGCAUUGGCUAUGAGGUUAUGGUCUCUGGCUUCACCCAAGGGCACCAAACCAAGCCCUUGAGGGCUGAGAUUGUUACAGAAGCCGAGCCAGAGGUGGAUAAUCUUCUGGUUUCAGAUGCCACCCCAGAUGGUUUCCGUCUGUCCUGGACAGCUGAUGAAGGGGUCUUCGACAGUUUUGUUCUCAAAAUCAGAGAUACCAAAAAGCAGUCUGAGCCACUGGAAAUAACCCUACUUGCCCCCGAACGAACCAGGGACAUAACUGGUCUCAGAGAGGCCACCGAGUAUGAGAUUGAGCUCUAUGGAAUAAGCAGUGGAAGGCGAUCCCAACCAGUCCGUGCCUUAGCAACCACAGCCAUGGGCUCUCCGAAGGAGAUCAGUUUUUCAGACAUCACUGAAGAUUCGGCUGCUGUCAGCUGGAUGGCGCCCUCUGCCCAGGUGGAGAGCUUCCGGGUUACCUACGUGCCCAUUGCAGGAGGGACACCGUCAGUGGUAACCGUGGAUGGAACCAAGACUCGGACCAGGCUAGUGAGGCUCUUACCGGGAGCAGAGUACCUUGUCAGUGUUGUCGCCAUGAAGGGCUUCGAGGAAAGCGAACCAGUCUCGGGAUCAUUCGCCACAGCUCUGGAUGGCCCAUCUGGCCUGGUGACAUCCAACAUCACCGACACGGAAGCCCUGGCCAUGUGGCAGCCAGCCCUCGCCCCCGUGGAUAGUUACGUCAUCUCCUACACAGGGGAGAGAGUGCCAGAAAUUACGCGCACAGUGUCCGGGAACACGGUGGAGUACACUCUGACCGACCUCGAGCCUGCCACGGAGUACACACUGAGGAUUUUUGCAGAGAAAGGACCCCAGAAGAGCUCCGUCAUCACUGCCAAGUUCACAACAGACCUUGAUUCUCCAAGGGACUUGACUGCUACUGAAGUUCUGUCGGAAACUGCCCUCCUCACCUGGAGAGCCCCCCGGGCGUCAGUCACCGGUUACCUACUGGUGUAUGAAUCUGUCGAUGGCACAGUCAAGGAAGUCAUUCUGGGUCCAGAAACCACCUCCUAUAGCCUGGCGGAGCUGAGCCCCUCCACCCACUACACGGCCAAGAUCCAGGCACUGAACGGGCCCCUGAGGAGCAAGUUGGUCCAGACUGUCUUUACCACAACUGGGCUCCUGUACCCAUUCCCCCGGGACUGCUCCCAAGCAAUGCUAAAUGGGGACACCACCUCUGGACUCUAUACCAUUUACCUGAAUGGUGAUAAGGCUCAGGCUCUGGAAGUCUUCUGUGACAUGACCUCUGAUGGGGGUGGAUGGAUCGUGUUCCUGAGACGCAAGAAUGGACGUGAGGAUUUCUAUCGCAACUGGAAAGCCUAUGCUGCUGGAUUUGGGGACCGCAGAGAGGAGUUCUGGCUUGGGCUGGACAACCUCCACAAAAUCACAGCCCAAGGGCAGUACGAGCUCCGGGUGGACCUGCGUGACCACGGGAAGACCGCGUACGCCGUCUACGACAAGUUCAGCGUGGGGGAUGCCAAGACUCGCUACAAGCUGAGGGUGGAGGGCUACAGCGGGACCGCAGGUGAUUCCAUGGCUUACCACAACGGCAGAUCCUUCUCCACCUUCGACAAGGACACGGACUCAGCCAUCACCAACUGCGCCCUGUCCUACAAGGGGGCUUUCUGGUACAAGAACUGUCACCGUGUCAACCUGAUGGGGAGGUACGGGGACAACAACCACAGCCAGGGCGUCAACUGGUUCCAUUGGAAGGGCCACGAAUAUUCCAUCCAGUUUGCUGAGAUGAAGCUGAGACCCAGCAACUUCCGAAAUCUCGAAGGCAGGCGCAAGCGGGCGUAAAUUCCAGGAAAAACUAACUGGGUGGGAGAGGAGCAGGGCCCAGAGGAAGAAGCAAAUUUUACCAAAGUCUCAAUACAACCUGUCCAACCAUCAAGCCACACCCGGGUAUUUGGCAGGAGAUAAAGGUGACCGUGGAUCAUGGGGGCCGAUGACAAGAGCACUGGCCUCCCCUUCUCUGCGAGGACUUCCUUCGCACCAAAGACAACAGUCUCCACAGGUGUCUGUUUCAUUGUUUGAAUCAGCAAACAUCUUCCAUUGACGGCAUCAAGGUGGUUGUCUUGGGUGGCUCUGGGAAUGGGAGAGGGGUCGGCUGUACCGUGGUAGUUUGUGUUAGAACCGGCUGUAUUUUACACAAAGCUGUAUAAGUAUCAUUAUUGUUGUUCGCAGUGAUUCGGUGUGUGUCAUGGGAGGCCGUUCCCCCCUCCCCGCCUUUUUUUUUUUUUUUUUUUUACAUUUCAUGCAACAAAAACCAGAAAAGCAAUACUGUUUGGAAUUUAAGGAUAUGAUUAAUAUUAUUAAUAUAAUAAUAAUGAUGAAAACUAAGAAUUUUUAAAGAGAUCUUCCUUUCCAAAACACAUCUGGACAGUACCUGAUUGUAUUUUUUUUUUUUUUUAAUAAAAGCACAAGUACUUUUAAA